AUGUGCAGAUUAGGAUCUGUGGUCGCCGUGUUCAAGUACUCAACUUUUACUUUAUAUUCCGUGUCUCUUCCACCUGUGAAACUGGAGUUUAGCAGUUUGACCAAAGGAGAGUCUAAGGAUUGUGAAGAUAUUUACAUGAAAGGGAUUAUGAUGUUUCUCGAUUUGGAGAAAGCUUUAAAGGCAAUUGAGUCCCGUUGUAAUAAAACAACGCUGAAUUUUCAAGGGUCAACUUUGGAAUUCUCUGAAGUUGAGAAAAUGUUGAAGGAAGAGAGAUUUCAAUUUGAGAUUGAUAUUCAGAAUUCAGCGAAACAGGAGGCUGUCUAUAAAGCUCUGAGCCUCAACAGAAUACGGCUAGAGCUUCUGCUUGAGUGGUGUGUGUGGGAUCACCGUCUUCAUUCACUGUUCUCAUCUGACUGUAGAGUUACUGAUCCCAAAACCACUGACCAAAAGUAUGAGGCACUGGCGGCUAUUAAGACCAUGAAGCACAAGGAGCAACAAGACAAGGAGAGUGCUCAAAAAGAUGCUAAGUGGGAAGGAGUGAGUCUGGAAAGAGAUGCUGUAGUUGUCAGCUAUUUUGAUCCUCAAAGGAGUAGAUCCCUCUCAGCAAUGUUAUCCAAAAUAGAAUACGACAAAGGGUGGUGGACUCCUUUCCCAGAAAUUCGACGUAAAUACAUGAAGAAUCUUUUGAGAGGUCAUUUAACAAGAUUAGGUUCUCUCGCAACUCAUGACACAGAAACUAUAGCUUGUGAACUCACUACUGAUGAUGAUGGAAAGCUCCAUAUUCCCCUUGACAGUGAUAAUUAUAUCGUGUCGGAUUAUGAAGAUGAAUUUUCGUGCAUAAUUGCUUGUGCAUUGGCAUUGUUGAAAAAUUUGCCUGUUGCAAGUCAAGAUCUUGAAGCUGAAUCAUGCUCAUCAAGGAAUUUGCCUGUGAAGCAUAAAUACUCAGUAAUCUGUCCCUAUGCGGCCCAAUUUCUUCAUCUACGAGAGAGGUGUUGCCGUUCUGAAGUUAAUUUUAUUGCUUCCUUAAGUAGGUGUAGGGUCUGGGAUCCAGAAACUAAUCCAUUAUUCGCCAAAACUCUUGAUGAUCGGUUCAUAGUAAAGGAAAUUAAGACGGGUGAUUUUGAGUCAUUCUUGAAGUUUGCUCCUAGUUAUUUUGAUUACAUGUAUCAGUGCAUAGACGAAGGGAAGGAAACCUGCCUUGUAAAAGUUCUUGGCAUUUAUCAGGUCAUGGUAAGAUCACCAAAAUGCGGGGAAGAGACAACCCACGAUCUCGUGGUGAUGGAGAACCUUUCUUUUGGAAAAACUAUUACGAAAAAAUAUGAACUGAAAGGCACUUUGCAUGGUCGACUUAGUUCAGCUGAAAAUGGUGCUGAAGGCAUUCUUCAGGACCAAAACUUUGUGAAUGAUAUGAACCUUUAUCCUAUAUACGUUGCUAAGGGUGCAAAAAGGAAAUUGCAAAGAGCUCUAUGGAAUGACACUACUUUCCUCAAUUCAAUCAAUGUGAUGGAUUAUUCUCUAUUUGUGGGAAUGGCUACUGAGAGCAAUGAACUUCUUUGUGGCAUAAUUGACUAUCUAACACAGUAUACCUGGGACAAACAACUCCUGAAUUGGUUCAAAUCCUCAAUUGUGGUUUCCCAGAAUGUACUUGACCCUGUUGUCAUCUCCCCCAAGGAGUAUAAAAAGAGAUUUAGGAAGUUCAUCGACACAUAUGUUCCUACUAUUCUAGAUCAGAAUUGAAUCAAAGAUCAUCAGAUCCUUAAUCUCUUUGGCAUUGGCAGGGUAUCAUUUUAGUGUUCACAAAUUACGGAGUCAUUCGAUGCCAUUUGCAGUGGAAGAUAUUCUUCUUGUUAUCAGUAUUCGUGAGAAUUGAGGUCCUUUUUUGUGUGUAUGGAAAGAGUAUGUGCAUGUUU